AUGGCCGACGAUGACGCUGAGAAGGCCUUCUUUCAGGCUCAGGCGAUGAAUGCGGACUCGGUGGACUAUCAGGCGGGUGAAGAUCAGGGGGCAGAUAAUUCAGAUUCAGAUGAUUAUGAUCCUUCAAACACAUUGCAUGACCAAUUUUCCGCUCCCUUGCCAGACUCCAACCCAAAUGGACAUGUUUCCGCCAGUGCUACCCCCCAACCCAACUCUCAAGAUCAAACUCCCCAAGUCCCCGAAACCGACCCCAGUCAGCCAGCUGGCAACGCCUUCCCUUCCCAGACACCUUCCCGAGCUGAGUCUCAGGUUUCCACCGCGGUACCUGCAUCUGGUACUACUGCCCAACCGAAGACCAGAACGAUUGGGGGCUUUGUGGUUGAGGAUGAGGACGAGGAUGACGCGGGUGAUGCAGAUUAUGAGCCCCCAGCUGUACUAGGUGUCGAGGACUUGAAUGCUAUACCUAUGAAUGUGCCUCAGCACCCAAUCUCAGGAAAUGCAAAUGAAGAUACUUCUACCCCUGAUGUAUCGUUGGAUGAAGCUGCGCAGAGUUCUGCCGGCGUGAAGAAUGUUCCUAAUAGUUCAUACCCUCCUGCUGUUGCUUCUAAAAAUGAUGCGUCUAUUCCUCCGGGCUCUUUGUACAACUCACGUACGUUACAGUCUGACCAUGCGCAAGGAAGCGCCACAGCUACACCUGCGCCGGACUCUCCGUCCACUUCGAAGGGUCGAUUGCCUCACGAUAGAGUGGGCAUCUUGGAAGACAGGAUCCAAGAAGACCCUCGAGGUGACAUCCCCGCUUGGAUCGAGUUGCUUAAUGAACACAGGAGUCGCAGUAGGAUCGACAGCGCCCGGGAUGUAUACGAGCGCUUUCUGAAAGUCUUCCCCUUUUCUGCUGAGCAAUGGGUUGCGUACGCGAACAUGGAAUCCGAGCUCAACGAGCUGUUCCGUCUCGAGCAGAUUUUCAACCGAACUCUCUUGACCAUCGCGGAUGUUCAACUUUGGACUGUCUAUCUGGACUAUGUCCGCCGACGUAAUCCUCUAACUACCGAUAACGCUGCUCAGUCGAGGACUAUCAUCUCGUCCGCCUACGACCUGGCCCUUCAGUAUGUUGGUGUAGAUAAAGAUUCCGGCUCUAUCUGGGCCGACUACAUUCAGUUCAUUCGUUCCGGUCCCGGAAAUGUUGGGGGUUCUGGAUGGCAAGAUCAACAGAAGAUGGAUUUGCUCCGAAAGGCCUAUCAAAAAGCCAUUGCGGUUCCAACGCAGGCUAUCAAUACCAUGUGGAAAGAGUACGACCAGUUUGAGAUGGGCCUGAACAAGCUUACGGGCCGAAAAUUCCUCCAGGAGCAAUCACCGGCAUACAUGACGGCUCGCAGCUCGUACACCGAACUCCAGAACACUACGCGAGACUUGAAUCGUACGACUUUGCCGAGGCUACCUCCCAUUCCCGGACAUGAUGGCGACGAUGAAUUUGGCCAGCAGGUUGAAAUCUGGAAGCGCUGGAUCCAGUGGGAGAAGGCAGAUCCUCUCGUUCUCAAAGAGGAUGAGCCAGCAGCAUUUAAAAACCGAGUCGUUUACGUGUACAAGCAAGCUCUUAUGGCCCUCAGAUUCCUACCGGAAAUGUGGUUCGAAGCAGCUGAAUUCUGUUUUCUGAAUGACCUGGAGACUGAAGGAAAUGAUUUCCUGAAGCAUGGCAUAGAUGCUAACCCGGAAAGCUGUUUGCUCGCAUUCAAACGCGCUGACCGCAUUGAGAUCACGUCGGAUUCCGAGCAAGACUCCAUCAAACGGGGUGCUCUGGUCAGAGAACCCUAUGACAAGCUUCUGGAUGCUCUUUACGACUUGAUUGCCAAGGCGCGCACUCGCGAAGCCCAGGAUGUCGCCCGCCUCGAAGAGGCGUUUGCCAAAAACUAUCCUGAAAAGCCGUCCCGAAGGCCCGACGAUGACGAUGACGACCAAAGUGAGUCCAAGGCCAGGGAAUCGCUUAAGAAGGCCCAGGUCGAGGUCCUACGGAAUGCGCACGCCUUUCAGAUUGGCAUUCUCUCUAGGACGAUCUCGUUCGCCUGGAUUGCGCUUAUGCGUGCAAUGCGCCGUGUCCAGGGUAAGGGCAAGCCCGGAGAGAUGCCUGGUUCACGACAGGUGUUUGCCGAUGCCCGCAAGCGAGGUCGGAUCACAAGCGAUGUCUACAUUGCGAGCGCGCUCAUCGAGUAUCACUGUUACAAGGACCCGGCCGCCACGAAAAUCUUCGAGCGAGGCGCAAAGCUUUUCCCGGAGGAUGAGAACUUUGCGCUCGAGUACUUGAAGCACCUGAUCGACAUCAACGAUGUCAUUAAUGCUCGUGCCGUGUUCGAGAUGACGGUCAGAAAACUGGCGUCCAACCCCGACAAUGUGCACAAGACCAAACCUAUCUUCGCGUUCCUUCAUGAAUACGAAUCUCGAUACGGAGAUCUGGUUCAAGUUAUCAACCUCGAGAACCGCAUGCGGGAGCUUUUCCCCGAAGACCCAACUCUGGAGCAAUUUGCUCAUCGGUACUCGACCCCAAAUUUCGACCCUACCGGCGUACGGCCGAUCAUCUCGCCAUCUCAGACCAGACCUAAGGCUGCCUUCCCAACGGAACAGGCUGUGUCGCGCCACGGCACCCCCGUCCCGAAGUAUCCCGAUCCUUCCGUCACCAACUCCCCCAAACGCUCGUUGGAAGACUUUGAAGAUGACAUGAGUCGGCCGCGCAAAUUCGUUCGCGCCGAAUCACCGCUCAAGACCACGCAACGGCGACAAGUGGAUCAACAAAAACGCGCUCAGCCGACUAUGAACAACCAGCCCGGAUCGCAGUUCCGGACCCAGGGCUCACCCGCCUCGUUGCCUCGGGAAAUCGUACACCUCCUGAGCAUCAUUCCCCCGGCGUCGGCGUACAAUGCCGGUCGAUUCUCAGCCGAGAAGCUGGUGGACCUCCUUCGAAGGAUCGACAUGCCCAGCUCUAUCUCCCAGAUUCCAUUGCCGCAAUCCGUCCGCGGACUCGGAACGGGACAAAAUCCCAUGCAGUCUUUCUCUAGCAUGUACCGCUCUUAA